AUGGCUCACAAUUACGGACUCUUGUGCCUCGAGAACCCCCUCCUGGACAUCCAGGCCGAGGGCGACGAUGCCUUGCUCCAGCAGUACGGGCUGAAGGCCAACGACGCCAUCUUGGCGGAAGAGAAGCAUCUGACGCUCUACGAAGAGCUGAUCCAGAACCGCAAAGCCAAGUUGAUUCCGGGUGGUGCGGCGCAGAACACUGCAAGAGGAGCGCAAUACAUGCUCCCCGAAAACUCCGUCGUCUACUUCGGCUGCGUGGGCAAGGACAAGUACGCACAGACGUUGGAAGAGGCGAACAAGAAGGCCGGCUUGUCGACCAUGUACCGCUACGAUGAGGAGCAGCCGACUGGCCGGUGUGGUGUCAUCAUCACCGGCAAGGACCGCAGCAUGUGCACGGACUUGGCGGCGGCGAACCACUACAAGAUUGAGCAUUUGAAAGAGAACUGGAAGACGGUGCAGAACAGCCAGAUCUACUAUGUGGGAGGCUACCAUUUGACGGUCUGCGUGCCGGCCGUUUUGGCGUUGGCGGAGGAGGCGGCGAAGGAGAACAAGAUCUUUGCUCUGGGUCUGUCGGCACCCUUCAUUCCUCAGUUCUUCAAGGACCCCCUGGACGAGACCGCUCCGUACUGGGACUACAUUGUCGGCAACGAGACCGAGGCCAUGUCGUAUGCCGACUCGCACGAUCUCAACACCCACGACAUCCCCACCAUCGCCAAGCACCUCGCGAACCUGCCGAAGAAGAACGAGAAGCGCAAGAGGAUAGCGAUCAUCACGCAAGGCACCGACCCCACCAUCAUUGCGGUGCAGGGGGAGAAGGAGGUCAAGACGUUCCCUGUGCACAAGAUCAGCGCCGAGGAGAUCUACGACACCAACGGCGCUGGUGAUGCAUUCCUCGGCGGUUUCCUGGCCGGCGUGGUGAAGGGAGAGAGUCUGGAGUCGAGCGUGGAUAUGGGGCAGUGGUUGGCUGCUCAGGGCUUGAGGGAGCUGGGACCUUCCUACCCCUCCCCGAAGAAGACGUACACCAAGUCUUAG